GGUGGCGUCGGCAAAAGCUGCCUGACUGCCCAGUUCGUCUACAACGAGUGGAUUGAGAGCUAUGAUCCCACAAUCGAGGACUCAUACAGGACCCAGAAGUCGGUCGAUGGCCGCCAGGUUGUGUUGGAGAUACUGGACACAGCUGGCACGGAGCAAUUCGUUGCCAUGCGAGAUCUCUACAUGAAGACCGGACACGGUUUCCUUUUGGUGUUCAGCAUCUGCUCGAAGGCUUCGUUUGAAGAGCUUGCGACGCUCCGCAACGACAUCAUUCGCAUCAAGGAUGAUGAGAACAUACCCAUAGUCAUCGUCGGAAACAAGGCCGACCUGGAGGAUCAACGAGCGGUCGAUCGCGCCAAAGCCUUCUCCGUCUCUCGCGGCUGGGGCGCGCCGUACUAUGAAGCCAGCGCUAGGUAUCGGACCAAUGUUGAUGAAGCCUUCAUUGACCUUUGCCGGCAAAUGUUGCGACGGGACGACACCCAUGACGACCUGCAUGAUGACCCUAGCUCGCAACGAGCUGAAGACGCCGCCAAAAGGCACCGCAGGAGGAAACGGAAGGACAGGUGUACCAUCCUAUAAAGUCCUCUUUCUCUUCGCGCCACCGCUUCAAAUCCUCUUGGUGAGCUCGAUCAACCUGACAUGAGCGAUGAACGACAGAUGAUCUAUGGACAUGCCCGUCAUGAGAGAUACUUACGACCUCGGAUACUGAAAGGCUUAGUGUAUAUAUUGUACUUGUUUCCCUUUCUUGCAGAGACCACCUUCG